CCGAGACUCUAACACAUGCAUUAUGAUUCUCGCCUCUCCUUAAAACCCAAGUCUACAUUCUUUCCCCCGCCUGCACCUCUGCCUCGUCAACGUCUGCCCCUACUGCAGGCAUCGAGCUGAGGUGCUUCCAUCACCGUCACCAUGAAGCUCUUCAACAUCCUCCAGCUACCGGCGUUGCUGGCCGCGGCCCUCCUGAGCGCCGCCCUCGUUUCCGCAGAGCACACCAGCAACUGGGCCGUCCUCGUCUGCACGUCACGCUUCUGGUUCAACUACCGCCACCUAGCCAACGUCCUUUCCAUAUACCGCACCGUCAAGCGCCUGGGCAUACCAGACUCCCAGAUCAUUCUCAUGCUGCCCGACGACAUGGCCUGCAACCCGCGAAACGCAUUCCCCGGCACCGUCUACUCCAAUGCCGACCGCGCAGUCGACCUGUAUGGCGACAACAUCGAGGUCGAUUACAGGGGAUACGAGGUUACCGUCGAGAAUUUCAUCCGCCUGCUGACGGAUCGCGUCGGCGAGGAGACGCCCAGGAGCAAGCGGCUCCUGACGGAUGAUCGAAGCAACAUCCUGGUCUACAUGACGGGCCAUGGCGGAAACGAGUUUCUGAAAUUUCAGGAUGCCGAGGAGAUUGGCGCUUUCGACCUAGCGGACGCCUUCGAGCAGAUGUGGGAGAAGAAGAGAUACCACGAGAUCCUCUUCAUGAUCGAUACCUGCCAAGCAAACACAAUGUACACUAAGCUGUACUCUCCAAAUAUCAUUGCCACCGGCUCUUCCGAGCUUGACCAGUCUUCGUAUUCCCACCAUGCAGACAAUGACGUCGGCGUGGCCGUCAUCGAUAGGUAUACGUAUUACAACCUCGAGUUCCUCGAAGGCGAGGUGCGGGACCUCAGCAGUAAGAAGACACUGGGCAACCUCUUCGACAGCUAUACGUAUGAGAAAAUACACUCUCACGCUGGCGUGCGGUACGACUUAUUCCCAGGCGGAGAAUCGGCAGCCAAGGCAAGGCUGGUAACGGACUUUUUCGGCAAUGUACAGAAUGUAGAGGUUGACGGCACGAAGAACAACACACUCGAGGAGGACCUGUUGGCACUCAGCAAGCACAUAGCAGAGCUAAGGAGGAGGGUUGGUGAGGACGAGGGCAAGGGUCCACAGAAAAGUGUGACAGAAGAAGAAAAGAGGCGCGAGGCUAGCAACAACAGGGUGAAGUCUGCUAAGCCGUUGACAAACGAGAACUGGUGGGCCAAAAAGCUUCUUGGGGCUGUUGUUGUUGGAGGCUGCAUCUCAAUCUGGGGCCUGGGCUCAUUUCUGGAAAAGUCAACCAGGUAGCACGGUAGAUGAUAUAUCCCUCCAUCAAGCGAUUGAAUUUCAUAAUUUUAUCUUUC